AUGUCCUCAGUACACUACGAGGAGUGUGUCCACAAAAUCCUGAAGCUCAACAUCGCAGAGGGCCAGGAGAAGGAGGUGUGCACCAUGCUUAUUGACUGCUGUGCCAUGGAGAAGAUGUUCAAUAGGUUCUUCGUACUACAGGCAGAGCGCCUUUGUCGCUUGAAUCCUGUGUACCAGGACAACUUCACAGAAAGUUUCGGCGUUCAAUUCAACACCGUGCACAGGUUAGAAACCAACAAGUUGAGGAACAUCGGGAAGUUCUUCGCUCAUCUUCUCUAUACGGAUGCUAUCCCAUGGAGUAUUUGGGCACAGGUGAAGAUCACUGAGGAGACCACGACCUCCAGCUCGCGUAUCUUCAUUAAGGUGAUCUUUCAGGAGCUCUCUGAACAGUGGGGCAUCAAAAAGCUCGUCGAUCGGCUCCGUGAAGAAGAGUUGAAGCCUUUCUUCGUGGGGCUUUUCCCCAAGGACCAUCCAAAGAACGUGCGCUUCGCCAUCAACUAUUUCACGGCAAUUGGUUUGGGCGUUCUCACGGAGGAGCGGCGGAAGCGUGAAACAGUUGACAUGUGUUUUUUUUCAAAAAAGAACCUCCAAAUAGCUACUAGUAGCUUCUUGUUACUAGUAGUAAUGCCCUUGUUACUGGUAGCGAUGCCCUUGGUGGCGGAAAAAGAGGACAUAAAAGGCGGAAGAAGCGCCAGUUCUCCAUUUCCUAAGACGAACUUCUUAGGUUGGAGGCCAUCGCGAGCAGGUUGGAGGGAAGUCGCAUCCAAAGAAACGUGA